AUGGCUUUUUAAUCCAUGCUCUCUGAAACCAAAACUAUGCUGAAGAAAAUUUGGGAUAAUUUAUCAGAAUCAAUCAAUUAAAUAUAAGAUUGGAUUGAAAAGUAAAUGGUUAAGGAGAAUACAUAUUUGAUAGAGAUUAAUAAUGCAAAAAAUUGGUUGGAUAAAGUAUUUAAAUAAAGCUUUUAUCAAAAAGUUGGAUGA